GUUGUACAGAUCAGGGACCUGUCUGACCUCACAGCAUCAUGCUCACCAGGAACAUUGUUCUUUUAUUCUCUCUAUUUGUCCUGCUGGUAGAAGGAGACCUUGACUCCAAUGAUGCUGGAAUACAAGCCAUGCCGACAGAUAAAGAUUCAACAUCUGAUGAAGCGCCUACAGAGAGCAUGAAUGUUGUGUCUCGAGAUCAGCCUGAUGAAUUCCAGCAUUAUGGAGGACCACCAUCAGACACCAGCAGCUCCAGUGCAGAGAGGCCAGACACUCCAGCACCUAAUCAGGUGACAGCACCUGAGCCUGCUGUAGCUGCUGCAACCAGUGUGGAGGAAGAAGAUGAAGACGAAAGCAACGACUCUGAUGAGGGUGGAAAGAAAAAGUUUAGCUACCGCUCACCUAAACGUCAGAGUCCCACCCACAUCCAACAAAGCCCCACCCACAUCAUUCAAAUCCCCAUCAUCCCAUCGCAGCCAAUCAUCCCUCAGCCAAAAACUCUGGUGAGGAGCCGAGCCCCCAAGAGAAGAUCCAGGACCAACCGCCGCCAGAUCUAAAACACGAUGAACCCACAUUAACCCUGGACACACAAACAUGUAACCUAUUACACAUGGUGACAAGUCUUUCUCACACACACACACACACACACACACUUACAUGAUCACAUGUAAUCACAAUAACUCAUAGGUACUGUUAAAAACUCGAACAUUAGGCAUGAAACACAUAUGCAGCAGGUUCAGUCUCAAAAUAUGAUGCAACUUUGAAAACUCACCGAGCCAUCUGAUUGGUUGACCAGAGCAAAGACAGGUCUCCACAAUAUAGGGGGCUUAUUCAAGCCAACUAGUUUUACAGUGUGUUUGGACAUUCCACCUGAAACAGAUAUAAACUAGUCUGCUCAAAGAUGAGGUUGUUAUUUUAGUCACAGCUGUGAAACAAAUUUACAUUUUGUAAGUUUGUGUUUGAUUUCUAAAGGAAACUGUAACACCAAACUUCAUCAGAUGAUUUAGAUUAGCGACAAAAAAUGUAUUGUGUCACUUUAAAUUCAAAAUUAAGAUUUAUUUUAUUGGUAUGUGUAAGGGUUUCUGCCUCUU